AACAAAUCCGAAUCGUCGGGAAACCGGGAUAAUGCGCGUAUUAGCUCUCAUCGCAGGCGUCCUCGUCGCAUUCUGCGCCACCAACCUCGCAGAGGCAAACCCGGACUCAGUGGCAAAAGUCCGAGUUGCCGCUGACAAUGCGUUCGCCGGUGGAGACAUGAAAACAGCCAUCACGCUGCUAUCCAAACUCAUCGAACUGGAGCCCAGGAACGAGCGCAACUUCUACAAGCGCUUCCGUGCCUAUUUGAGCGAGCGCAAGUACUCGCAUGCCCUGUCGGACUUGUCGUCGUCGCUAGAUGUAAAUCCCAAGUACAAACAGGGCCGACUUCAGCGUGGCAAGUUGCUGAUGAUGCUGGGACAAUGCGCCGAGGCUUCGCAAGAUUUCCAGACAGUGGUCGAACUGUACCCGAAGGAGGCAACUGGUGCUGAGCAACUGGACAAAAGCAAAGAAUGUGCGUCAAACAUUGACGAAGCGGAGCGUGCGCACACGCGCGGAGACUACCAGUCAGCGUACAAUUACUUGACACAAGUGCUGGAAGGCUCAGCCAUCUCAAGUGUGCCACUGCUACUCGAGCGUGCGCAACUGAGUGUGUCCCUGCAAAAUCCUUACGACGCAAUUGCCGACCUGGGCUCCAUUCUCAAACUAGAUCCGUCCAAUCUCAUCGCGUUGCAGAAACGUGGCGAGGUAUUGUACUCUCUGGGCGACAAACAGUCGCUCGAAGCGGCCCAGUCGCACUACCGCCAAGGUUUGCACUCCGACCCCGAGCACAAAGGCAUCAAGUCUCUCUACAGGAGAUUGAAAAAAGUACUGAAAUAUAUUAAUCGUGCCGAAGACGCCCAGCAGCGUGGCGCGCAUAGUGAAGCCGUGGCAGAGUGGCAAUCCGCUCUGGAAGUUGACGCGGACCACUCUGCCAUGAACAAGGAGUUUUCUCUGCAAUUGUGCUCGAGUGAGCUCCAUCUCAAGCACUUUAAACAGGCUCGAGAUGCCUGUGAGAAGACCGUGGCAAUCGAUAAUGGGUACGCUCUCGCAUUUGCCAAACUAAGCGAGGCUCAGAUCGGUUUAGAGCUGUACGAGGACGCUGUGCGGUCCGCAAACCGCGCGGCGGAACUGGAGGACAGUCGCGAGUUUAAGGAAAAAGUGGCUCAGGCGGAGGCCGCUUUGAAGCAGAGUAAGACCAAGAAUUACUACAAGAUUCUGGGUGUGUCACGCAACUCGGAAGCCAAGGAGAUCAAGAAGGCGUACCGUAAACAAGCGCUGGAAUGGCACCCGGACAAACACACGGAUAAGGACGAAUCCGAGCGGGAAGAAGUGGAAAAAAAGUUUCACGAUAUCGCCGAAGCCUACGAGAUCUUGUCGAACGAAGAAACUCGUGCUAUGUACGACCGAGGCGAGGAUGUGACAGGCAACCCGCAACAACAGCAACAGCGUGGAAACCCAUUUAACAACGCACACUUUUUCCAGCAGGGUGGCCGCACUUUCCACUUUAACUUUGGAGGGUAG